AUGCCUCCGGAUUACAACUCGGCCGCCCAGGCCCUUGCUCUGUCUCCAGGCGGCGGCUCCUCUCCCUCGCAGACCCGGCCGCCCUGGUCUGCCACAUCGUCCAGCCGCCGUCUAUCGAAUCCGCUCAUCAGCCGUCGUCGCGCAAGCAGUAGUUAUGCUGGCGGCGGGAAAGCUAGCUUUGUGCGUCGCAUUUGGGGCUCGGUCAAUUUGCUUGGAGAGCAAGUUCUGAAGGUAUAUUUGCGCUUGUCGCCCCUCCAAAGAGUCCUUGCUCUCGCAGGUGUCGUGGCUGUGGGAAUACUCGGCAUUUUGGCAAUAAUAUACUCGCAUGUCUUCUUCAAGUGGCUCGAGCCAAAGGCUGAAGCAUGGCGUGCCCUCCCGGGCGGUUGGAUUUUAGCCUUCCUUCUCGUCUUUGUCACUUCUUUCCCGCCUAUUGUUGGGUACUCGACUGCCAGUACCAUUGCAGGCUUCGUGUAUGGAUUCCCCCUGGGCUGGCCCAUUGUGGCAUCGGGAUGCACGGCUGGCGCUCUCUGCGCGUUCCUUGCCAGCAGGACUAUUUUGAGCGGCUAUGUUGAUCGCAUGGUUGGUCAGGACCACCGUUUUGUUGCUUUGGGCCAAGUCUUGCGUCAGGAGGGACUUUGGUAUCUUACCGGUAUUCGUUUCUGUCCACUGCCAUUCAGUCUGAGCAAUGGUUUUCUCGCUACGAUCCCUAGCAUCACGCCGCUAGCGUUUACUAUCUCUACAGCUCUGUCAAGUCCCAAGUUGCUUGUUCACGUUUUUAUUGGUAGCCGUCUCGCUCUCCUCGCCGAGAAAGGCGAUAAGAUGUCUGCCGGCAGCAAAGCUAUCAACUACCUGAGCAUGAUACUUGGUGGCGCCGUUGGUCUUAUUGUAGGCCUUAUCAUUUACAGGCGCACUAUGGCCAGAGCUGAAGAGCUUGCUCGACAAGAAGGUUUAGACCCAGCCGGCACGUCUGCGGAAGAAGGUGAAGCUGGCUACGCGGAUUCCGACAACUCGCCUCUCAUGGACCCUGAAGAUGCAGCUGUUCUUAUGUCGGAUGACGACAUCUCGCUGUGGGAGAGAGAUGAUACUGAGGGCAGGUAUCAUGACGAAGAUGAUGAAGAUGAAGGUACAAAUAAGAGAGGGAACCAAAGGGCUUAA